GUCAAGCAGAAAUAAGCAACCAAUGGAUUGAAAAACAACAGUGCUGUACCUGCUGCGUAUCAAAGCAGAGUGUACAUAAAAUGGACUUGUCACUUCGAUGCUAUUCAUAAGGAUGUAAACUAGGACAACUGAACCUAGAAACUAAAGAAGAAUCUUUAUCAGUUUCUAGCAGUUUUCUGUAUUUUUCAGGACAUUUUAAAAUUCUAUAUUUAACUAUUAUUUAGUACAUACUGGAAGGGAUCAGGAUGGCACUAAUUUUAACCAAUAAUUCUGAAGCGAUUGCAAAUGAACAAAAGGACUAUAGAGAAAAUGGUGUAGUACAUGUAAAGAACCCACAUUUGUCCUCAAUGCCUGAAGACUUACUGAAUCAUUUUGAUUUGGGAACAAAAACACACAAUCUUUAAGCAAUGUUUGGAGACGUGAAGUUUGUUUGUGUCGGAGGCAGUGCAAACCGGAUGAAAGCUUUUGCACAGUUCAUGCAUACGGAACUUGGACUAAAUGAAAGUGACAGUGACCUCCUGGAUAUUUGUGCAGGGACUGACAGAUACAAUAUGUACAAAACUGGCCCUGUAUUGUCCAUAAGUCAUGGAAUGGGUGUGCCAUCAAUCAUGCUUCAUGAACUUAUUAAAUUACUUCACCACGCCAAGUGCCGUGAUGUUACUAUCACACGUAUGGGAACAUCAGGUGGUAUAGGGUUGGAUCCUGGAACUGUGGUCAUUACAGGUACAGCUGUAGAUUCAUUCUUUCAGCCUAAGUUUGAACAAGUGGUUCUGGGAAAAAUAAUUACGCGAAGCACUGAAUUGGACAAGGAUCUAGCACAAGAAUUAUUGAACUGUGGCAGGGAGAUUGAUGAUUAUCCUGUUAUCAUUGGAAACACUAUGUGCACCUAUGAUUUCUAUGAAGGACAAGGACAUUUGGAUGGUGCUUUAUGCUCAUUUUCAAAUGAUGAAAAAUUGGAGUAUUUGAGAAAGGCAUAUAAAGCUGGUGUCAGAAACAUUGAAAUGGAGUCCACUGUCUUUGCUGCUAUGUGCCACAGCUGUGAUCUAAAAGUGGCAACCGAGGCAGACAAAGUACAUGGUUUUGUCUGUUACAAUAGCAAGUUUUAUUCCUGCUACGUCGCAAGCCUGUCACCAGAGAUUCUGGCAGAGGGAAGCCACUCCACAUCAAGCAUGGCUGACCAGGAGACUGCCCUACUCUUAUAACCUGCCAUUGGCAUGUUGGAAGGAUUUAUAGGUUGAUAACCAACCUAGAUAGCCACAUCAUGAAUGCAUCUUCUCGCCUUUGAGAAGGACCCAAACCUAGAGCUUCUGGCUUAUAGGCAGGGAUGUUACCUACUGUGCUACAAGACCAUCUCUUACAUACUAUUCCCUGUUUCAAGUCCUCUAUUUUUCCACCAACAUCUCUUCCUGAAAGACCAUCCUUUGGUCAUCUUUACUUCUUUGACUUAGGAGAAAUUGAAGACUGCAGAUGCUGGAGAGUCAAAGUCGAAAAGUGUGGUGCUGGAAGAGCACAGAUCAGGCAGCAUCAGAGGAGCAGAAGAGUCAAUGUUUUUGGGCAUAAGACCUUCAUCAGGAAUGGCUGAAGAAGGCUUAGUUUUGGCUUGGUAUCAAUGUUUUAUCAAAUAUCUAUUUUUUUAUGUUCUAUAUAUGGAAAGUUGUAAUUUAGACAGUUAAAAGCUGGCAGAAUAGCUAAAGGAAAUACUAUAAAUAUUUUGAGAACAUACCCAGUUAUAUAAUUUUAAUUUUUUUGGUGCUUUGGUAGAGUCUCUACCUCUGGGCCAGGAGACUUAGGUUCAAGUCCCAUCUACUCCAGAGCUGUGUUGUAAUACCUCUGAACAGGCUGAUUAGAAAAUAUCUAUAUUUAUAUGUACAAUAUAUACCAGAGAUAAGCUGUGUUUUAUAUCAUAGAAAUGCUGUUGUGAUGUACCUGUUUAUCUGUGUAUGUGCACAAAUGAAAUAAAGGUUUUUGGAGCAAGAAUUCUUCUUGUGUCCCAGUUCCAGUUCGGGCUUUCGAUGCUUCUGUGUCACCCAUCAUCCUGACAGGAUCAAACUGAGCAGUGACAGAAAACUGUGAACACAAUUAAUGCAUCAAUCUGAAUUAGGUGGCCAUUAUAAUUCCUUUCUAGAUAAAGUAUAAUGUUUAGAAAAUGCUAUUAAAUUAAGUAAAUAUUGUCUUUGUUGCAAAUAUACUUUAUCUCUUAAAGUUUAAACUAUUUACUUUAUUAAAUAUUAUUCAAAUACUCAAAGCACUUUCUAAAAUAAUGUAAUAUCUGCAGACCAAAUGUACUAAUAGUAGAAGGGUCCAGAAAAAAGUUUGUGCAGCACUCUGUUUAGCUGAUGUAAUUGGGCCAAAAUCCUGUAACUCCCUUCCGAAAGGCACUGUAGGUGUACCUACACCACAAGCUAUAGUGGCUCAAGAGGGCAGCUCAAUACCAUAUUCUCAAAGGCAAUUAAGGAUGGGCAACCAGUCUAGCUAGCUCAGCCAGCAAUACCCACAACCUGUAAGCGAAUUUUGAAAAAAGGGGGCUAAAAGGUUCAAGAUCGUGCACGGCGCCAUGAGCCUUAGUGGCUGAAAAUCAUGUACUCAGCUAGAUGCCUAUCAGAUGUUAGGUCCAUUGUUUACAUAAAUUUGGAAAUGAAAGGUGAUUCCUAUAAAUGUCAAAAAUGUGCAUAUUAAUUGGGGAUUACCACCUGAAAUAGGCAAUGUUUGGUUGCCAAAGAGGCAAGUCCCCAUAGAAAUGGCAACAGUCUGUCUUUAUUAACGGGAUGAUGACUAUUCCAACCCCAUAAUGAUGACAUUACUACCUUUUGGGCAACUUAAAAUCAACAUGGAGCUAUUCAAUAUAAUUAUUUUGUACUGUGUCCUGUCAUCUGGUUUUAUCUACCUUAUAAGAUCACUACUAUAGGCCAGUCCCUUUCCUUUCCUUGUCUAAUGAAGGGAAGUGGCAUCAGUUGGCACUGGUGUCAAAAUAAAUUGAUUUUCCUGGCAAAAUUAAUUACCUUGACUCAGAUGAGAACAACAAUGGAUGAAAUAACAGAAAUACUGAUGUUCAUGGAAAUGUAUCCUAGCAUCAUUUGGUCAUAUGGGAUAUCCCAAAGUAUCUCACCUCGACAGUAAAUUUGACCCAAUACCUGUCUGACCACAUUGACAAAUGUAUCUUGCAAACCAAGCAGCAUAGAUUGAAGGCUAGGUAUUAAAGUUAAGAUGGUAGGACAGUGAAUCGACAUGGUUGUAACAAAGAGAUAUCAGAUUUUCAAUUGAUUGUCAUAAUCGUAUUAGUUACAAAAUCUAGUUGAAAGAAAAGUAAAUCAAAGUAGGCAUCUUAAUAUGUGUGAGGCAUUGGUUUGUUGUUAUCAUAUGCAUCUCAACACCAGCAUCAUAGUUGACUAGUUGUUGCAUUUGCAUCACUAUAAUGCAUUUAUAUAAGAUAAGAGUUAAAAUUUAAGAGUCUAGGCUUUAUGGUGAGGUCAAGAAUUUUAUUUAAAAAACGAAAUCAGUACCUUCUGCCAGUAAGCAUCGAGUACUUUUUGCCUUUCUUCUUCCUCUUGUAUUUGCUGCAAAAUUAGUGCUUUUCUUUCUUGACGACGUUUCUGUAACAAUUCCUGUCGGUGCUUCACACUAUCAUUAACAAUACCAUAUAUAAUCAACACUUUUGCAAUCUCAUGCUAAUAAAUCCAAUAAAGAUGAGUCAGUUAAAAUGCCACUCAAUGAAACAGAUGUCAAACUUUCAAACAGCUAUUACACUCCUAUCCAGGAAAUAGAGAUUGGUACUUGGGCUUCCCUUGUCGGAAAUUAACCCUCUUCCCUCUAGUUCCCAUCUGUGUGUGUUAGUAUUCAAAGGAGAAAUAGUUUUGAAGAAUAAUUUUCUAUUAUAUGACUUAAAUUCAUCAUAAUGGUUUUGGUUACAUUAAAGUUGUAAAUCUCAAUAGUCCAAUAAUCUUGUUCCAAAUACAUAAAUGAUUUAGACUUGAAGGUAGGACAGUUGAUCAAUAAUUUUAAUGAUGAUACGAAAAUUGGUGAGGUGAUAAGUAGUGAGGAGAGUAUCAGAAGGAUACAAGAUGGUCUGGUCAGACUGGCUGAUCAAUGCAAAUGGAAUUCAAUAAAUGUGUGAGUUGAUGUACUUGGGCAUGACAAACAAAUCAAGGGAAUACAUAACAAACAGUCGGACCUUUGGGAGCAUUGGGGAUCAGAGGAACACUGGUGUGCAGAGCUACAGGUCUCUUAAGGUAGUAGGCCAGGCUGAUAAAGUGGCUAAGAAGGCAUAUGAGAUAGCUGCCUUUAUCAAUGAAGGGACAGAGUUUAAGUUUAGGGAGCUUAUGCUGGAACUGUAUAAAAUAUUGAUUAGAUCACAGCUAGAGUAUUGUGUGCAGUUCUGGAUUAUAGGCAUGAUAAGAGGGAUACGAUUGCACUGGAGAGGUUGCAGAGGAGAUAUAACAGGAUGCUGCCGAUACUGGAGAGUUUUAGUUACAAAGAUAGAUUGAAUGGACUGGGUUUGGAUAGACUGAGAGCAAAGGAAUCUGAGGGAGGACAUGAUUGUGAUAUAUAAAAUCAUGAGAGGCCAUAGACAGUCAUACAGUCAUAGAGAUGUCCAGCAUGGAAACAGACCUUUCGAUACCUGUCAGAUAACCUAAAUUAAUC